AUGUGCCUCGGGACGCGCAAUGGCCGCCGUGACCCGACGUGCGGCAGUUCAUUGUCAAUCGUCCUUAAUUUUCCCGUUUUAAAUCACCGCUCCACGCCCACGAAAAUGCGCGUUACCUCGGCGUGCAUACAGUCGACGCGGGUCUGUGACACAGUGUACUUCGACAAUUGUCCGUAUCAUCCGUGUAUUAUUCGUAACGCGGUCUCCUUGCGGAUGUUUCAAUCAUCGUCGAGAACCGCUGUGGAUGCUGACACGCGACCGUGCGUGUCGAAAAAGUGUGCUCGUUCUUUCCUCGUGGAUUAUCAGCCAAAAAAACCAAGCCAGUGAACAUGAAUUUUCGAUAUAUAUCUCCGUCAAGUGACUUUCGUAUCUCGUGAAAGUGGCUCCUCGAGAUCACGUUCUUGACGGCCGAUUUUUGCCCGCGAGAGCAAUCUGCACCGAAAGGAAGUGUCAAUUGACGAUUUAAUGCGUUAAGAGACUGAAAUUAUAGUAGCGUACACGGAUCGCGCAUGUUAAAAACUAUUUCCCAACUUGUCACCGAUAUUUUGUGGCAUAAAGAAGUGAGAAUCACUGGUCGAGGCAAGCAACAAGUGGUCUUUGAGUGUUGAGGGAUGGGAAAAGCUUAUAGUCAGCUUUGAAUCACGCUUCGUCGAUGUGCUAUCUUACCUGUGUUCAUUGCGGGAAAAAAGACGGUCGGAAGUUUUUCAAAGAGCAAGAAUAAUAAAGAGUUUAAAAGGUUGAAACAUCAGAUAUAGCAAUUAGCUAUUUCGACAGUGGAACGAUCCAUCGGCAAAUCAGCGAGCCAUAAACUACUUAACACGAAGAGCAGCGAGAAAUGUUACUUUCGUUUUUCUCGGGGAAAUCGUGUUUGACCGAGCAACGAUUGCAAGAAUUGCAGGAAAAGUGUUGCAAGGCUGCGAGCAAGCAACCCGAUGGAACGAUCGAGUUGGCAGGAAAAAAUUGAACGAAUUCAUUAAAGGCGACGAGAACAAGUCACGAGACGCAUAUAUUUACAACGAAAAAGAACGAUCAGAACGGGAAGGCAAGUAAAGAAAAACGAAGUUUGGAAUCUUAGAAUAUUUUUCGCUCUCGAUGGACAAAAAUUUAUUUUCUACAAAGAAUACGCCAAUGAGAAUUGAAUGGAGGAAAGUUAAAGUUCAUAUGAAAGAUUCUUCCCUCAAUCUAUGUAAUUUUUUUUGAUUUAAUAUUUUGAAGAUAAGUAUCGAUGUACCGAGUAAAAAGACUGAGUCAUUAGACAAUAAAAAUAAAAAUCUCAUUUUAAGAAAAAAGAAACAACUAUUCAUUGUAUUAUAGAAUAAACGUAGACAUUGACUAGAUCAUAUUUUUGUAAUUUAUAAAUGAGAAAAACUACAAAGAAGACUUUGUUUUUCUAUGUUUUUUUAUAUAACUUUUGUAUAAUAAUUCAUAGGAAUGAAUAGUAAAUUAUAUAUUUUAAACUGAGAUCGCAUUGUAAAGUAAUGUGUAAAUACUUACAUUACUUUUUCAUUAUUGCGAUAUUCAAUAGUUAAAAAUCAUCUUUAUUUAUAAAGAAACAAUAUUGUGAGUCAGGUUGUGUUGAGAAGAUGCAAAUUGCAAAAAUCAAACAAUCAAGAAGAUCUGCAUAAUAAAUUUAUCAAAUAUAAACGAUUAUCAAUUAAUUAUUAAAAAUUUUUUAAAAAUCGCACGAAGAAUUUUAUUGUAAUACAUUUUAUAUUAUAAAAUACUCGACCAAUCUUUAUGAUCUCGAAAGACAACAAAUUCAUAUACGAAACAUGGCUACGGAUGGAGAAGAAACGAUAUCAGGAUCUCCUUGGUACACGAAAUUCUUCGAAUACUGGAAGAACAGGAAUCGAGUAGGUCCCGGUAAGGUGGAACUUCCUGAUUGUGAUUUCUUUAACGUUGGACCGCGGCGAACUUUGAGAAUUCUUAAACCAACCUUGAAAAGUGGAUGGUAUUACGAAAACACCAACGAGAGGCCGGAAUCCAUCAUCGACAAUUUCUUCACCCGUUGGUCCAGAAGGCCUCAUUCAUCCGGAAACUGCAGAUGCUCGUUUCGACAAUCGAAACGUGUGAGUACAGCCGAGGAACAAAUCAUUUCCGAUGAAUUGAAUAGGAUUAGAACUAGCCUUUGCGAGGCAGAUAAAAACGAGCGUGCGAUAGAGGAGCUCGAGCAAAGAGUAUCGGUGAAUUUGCAGAAACUGCAGGUCACUGGUCCCGAGAACGAGCCAAUCAAAGUGGAGGAAAAAAGUGUUCUUGUGACGAACGUGAUCAACGAGGUUAACGAUACAAAGGACGAACAGACGGAGGAACAAACGAUCAAAAAUAAAAUUGUGAAGGAUCUGGAGAAAUAUAUCAACGUGUUGCUCGAGGAGAUAUUGGAUGAUACGGUGAAAUAUGUCGCAGGCGCAGGCGCAGGCGAUACGCUUAUCAAGGAUGUAAGAAGCUCUAAGAAAAGAAACGACUGUUUGACAUUGCGACGAUCGAACAAGGAUAAGGAAGACACGAAUGUGAUGAAUGAGGAAUCCUGUGGCAACGAGGAAUCGUUCAACGAUAUCAGUUUCUCGUUUCAUCCGGAGAGGAUCAAGAAGAACGAGAAGGAGGGAUCGGCGCAAAAGAGCGAGGUGUUGAACGGCGAUAACGAGGGAUACAUGAACCGUGGAUUCAUCGGAUCAACCAGCGAUCCUGAUUCAUUGGCCUUCUAUUUGAGACGAUCGAUCGGCACGGAAGUCACUCUCGAGCAAUUGGAUUGUAUCGAUUCGGGUAUAAACAGCGUAGAAACGAUCGAGUUCCAACCGGAUCAGGAGCCGAGCCUGGAGCAAUCCUUGUUGAAGAUCAUCGACGAGAAGCUCGGUAGAACGGCUUUGAGGAACAGUUGGGAGGACUUGAGUACAGAUGGCCAGGGGAACUAUGCUCAGGGCCAGCCGACAAAGAGAACGGACGAGAUGGUGAUUCCAAGAAGUGGCGAGCAGCUGAGCAACGAUCAAGGCACCGGGAGAUCGGAGGUCACCGCGAAGAAUGAUGCGGAAAGGAGCGAGCCUCAGGAUUCGAGCGUUCAAACCACCGGUGGAAUCGAUAUCUCGUCGGAUAAUCUCGAGAGUGGCGUGCCCGCGGUGGAUCUGAAGGAGCUGGGGGAAACUGUUAACGAGCCCAGUUUCGAGAAACUGCGGCUGGAAUUCAAGGACAGCAGCAACGAGUCGUCCUUCAGGACCAAAAAGGGUAACGCGAUCGCGAUGCUGCGAGAAAAGUUCACCGUGAAUCCGAUCGACGAGCCUGACCGAUGCUCUUUGGAAAAGUGUAGCUGGAACGAGAAAAUGGGCACGUUCGAGAUGAAGAAGGAAGCUGCGUCCAUCGAGCUCGAGGAUUACAGGAAGACGUGGCCGAACAUCGAGGAAAGUGCCACUUCGACUUGUUACGAGCAAAAUCCCCGAGAUCUGAUCACGUUUCGAAAGAAUCGGAAGCCGAUGAUCGUAUUCCUGCACGGAUUUGGAUCGUCGGCGGAUAUCUUCGAGCAUCAGCUUCAAUAUUUCUCCUCUUUGGGCUAUCCAUGCAUCGCGCCUGAUAUGUUGGGACACGGAAUGAGCUCGGCAUCUGAUCGAUCCAGGGAUUAUCAUUUUAACAAGCUGCUUAAGGAUUUGGAUACUAUAUUGUGUCAUUAUGCUUUCAAACCUGGCCAGAAAUGUGUCCUGGUUGCACACAAUUAUGGAUGCAGUUUUGCGGCUGCUUUGGCCUGUAAAUACGAAAGUAGUAUUCAUCAGUUAGUCCUGAUAUCAGGAGGUGGUCCAACUCCUUUAGCAGCGCCUAGUUCUGAAAGCGCUGGCCACUGUUGCCUCAGAGCUGUCCUGGCACCUUUUUUAAUGUGUGGCCUUCACAGAGAUAUAUUAUAUUCUGCAAGGGGUCGUCAGCACCCUUAUUGUGGCCCCGAACCAUCUGAACAAUGGCCUUCGCACAUGAAAUACGUUUUGGACGGUAUGGUUUGGCCGGAAGGAGAUUACGUGUUCCAUAGAAGGAUAUGCACGCCGACACUUCUCAUACAUGGCUUAAGGGAUAACAAAGUGUCGCUCGUGCAGGAAUGCCAAAUGGAAAGGACCAUGGUGAAAGUUUUCCUCGAAGCGAUUCCAACUGCUGGCCAUACACCUAUGACUGAUUGCCCAGAGCAAGUCAAUCAUAUGAUACAUUGUUUUAUAGAUUUGUGGAAAAAUAAGAAAUGGUAGCGAUAAAAUAAUUAAAUAAGUAUGUUUACAAAAAAGACAGUGGACCAGAUGUUACUAUAUAAGAUUAAGUUUAAAUCAAGUUCUUAGUACGGGUAUUUCACUCAUUACAUAUGAAGAAGAAAGAAGUUAUGGUGCCUUAUGCUUAAUCUGUUGCAACGAAUUUAACGCAUCGAAAUAAUAAAAGAUUAAAAUCUAUUGUACAUAAUCUAUAUUUCACAUUGGUGAAAAUUUGUUUGUAUAGAAUUCUAUUUUAUACAAUUGAAAUGAAGUAACCAAGUAUAAUUAUUUUUUUAUAAACAUUUGUCUAAUAUUGUAAAUGAAAAAAAUACCGAUAAGAUACUCGUAUCUGUAAAGUUGUAUAAGUCUGCAGAGUAACUGUGCCAAAACAUGUACACGAUUGUUAACCUGUUUUCUUUGAAUUUUCGGAUUUAAAGAUUUGUUUGUAAAUGAAAUUGUAAUAUACAAUGUAGAGGCUAUGUAGUAGCGUAUAAGUUAUACCAAAGAUGAUUUAUAUAGUCUUAUUUUAUGUAUUCUACCGGGAGUAUAACUUAUUCGUUUACAAUAAAAUUGUGUACAGAUAUUUGAUUCGUUCAUGAUUA